AUGGGGUCUGUGGGAGUAGAGGCACCUCUGAAAGUCAUCAUCGUCGGUGCUGGACUUGGAGGAUGUGCGACCGCUUUGGCGAUGCACAGCGCCGGUUUCGAGGUGGUUGUGUACGAAAAAGUCCGGAAUUUCCUGAGACUAGGAGACUCGUUAGGACUGGGAGAGAAUGCUCUCAAGUUGUUGGAUCGAUGGUCGCCGAGUCUGCGUGCACGGCUGGUUGAGAUCGGUAAUAAAUCCGAAAUGAUGCAGAUCCGUCGAUGGCAUGAUGGCAAGAUUCUGGCUCAGCAGCCGCUCAUGGAUAUGGCUGGCUUCAUUGGCCAUCGUGGGGACUACCAUACAGGAUUCUUGAAUGCGGUCGCUGAAAAGGGUAUCCCAGUUCACAUGGGAACUGAUGUAAUUGACUACGAUGACAGUGCUCCUUCCGUGACACUAGCCAACGGAGAAGUAAAACACGCUGAUAUUGUCAUUGCUGCGGACGGUAUUAAAUCACGGGCGAGAGAAAUGGUACUCGGGUUCGACGACAAACCCAAGUCGUCAGGUUAUGCAUGUUUCCGAGCCUUUUUCAAAGGCGCCCACUUGAGGGGCGAUCCGUUGACUGCCGAGUUUGUGGAGAAGGAAUGCGUGAACAUCUGGAUUGGGAAGGACCGACAUCUCGUGCAGAACACGCUUCGCGAUGGCGAGGAAUUCAACUGGAUCAUCACUCACAAGGACACAGAAGAUAUCAAGGAGUCGUGGUUCCAGCCAGGCGACAUGAAUGCGGUACGAGAGCUCGUCGCCGAUUGUGAUCCUAGAAUCGCAGCCAUAGUCAGCAAGACGGAGGAAUGCCUGGAUUGGAAGAUCUGCUAUCGAGACCCUAUUCCGACCUGGGUGAGUGCGAACCAUAAGGUCGCUCUGGUGGGAGACUGCUGUCAUCCACAUCUGCCGACAAGCGCUCAAGGGGCAAGCCAGGCGACGGAGAGCGCAGCGGUACUCGCUCAAUGUCUGCUGUUGGCUGGGAAGGACAAUGUGCCACUGGCAACCCGAGUAUACGAGAAAAUCCGGUUCCCAAGAGUCCGACGAGCCCAGACAAAUGGCGAGGACGUUCGAGAUAGAUGGCAUUCUGCUCUUGAUAAAGUUGAAGAUGGCGAGGAAAUUGAUCCUAAAUCGAUCUUCAUCAGAAACGCUGUUCUCUACGACUAUGACGCGGAAAGCGAUACUCGAAAGCAGUGGCCGCAGCUUUCGGCACUCGUCACGGAAGAGUUGCGCACUGGAAAGAUCACGCCUUUAUGCUGA